CAGACCGUCACCCAUUCAAAUGGCCCACCAUUUUUGCCACGUCACAAAUCUCUCCCUCCAUGUCUGUUUCUCUCUCUUGACACCGCUGCGCGUCUUUGUGACUCAUGACAGGUCCGAAGAUUCCAUCUUCCAACCUCAUCACUACUCCAAAUUAGGCCAACCGUUGAGACCCGCGUUACUCUCUCUCUCUCUCUCUGCAUCUGCAAUUUCUUCCUCCCCAUUUUCUUAGAAGGUGCGAAAGAGAGAGAACCCAAACGGAUUUCUCAAUCCAAAGGGGUCCAAAAUCUAUCAUUGAUUCCUUUCCUCACAUUCCUCCACACCAGUUACUCCAAAAAAGGACCCACAUUUAUUCGUUUUAAUAAUUUCUUUCUUGGGGGCGGCUCAACAAACAUUGAAAACCCUAGAUAUGGGGUUACCAACUUCAUGCCAAGCUGAACAACAAAGAAAGGAACGAUUUUGAGACCGACCCAAUUCGAUUAGGCGGUCGCAGAUUCAAAGGGAAAGGAAGAGAUACAAAUAAAUCAAGAAAUAAUAAAGAGGGUUAGAUGCGGAAAAAACCCUCUUUGGAACUGGAAGAAACCCUAAUCGAAAAUUUGAAGAACCCUUUGAUCUUUGUUCCAUGGAUUCGACGUUUUCAACCUUGGGUUUUUUGAUCUUUGCUCUUACACUUUCUUUCUAUGCCUUUGUUGUUCAAUCAGAGAUAACAGUUGUGCACAUUGAUAGAUUAGCAUCUCCGGCGCCACCGCCACCACCACCUCCACCUCCACCUCCACCUCCACCACCUCCGCCACCGUCCGAUGCGCAAGCGAGCGAGCUGGGAUCUCCGCCGCGCGAUUAUCACCGCUACUGGAUCCCUCCGCCGCCUCCGUCUCGACAGCAAAGCGGAAUGAACACGGGGAAGAAAGUUGGGCUCUUGUUUGUAGGAAUUGUGGCGGUUAUGCAGAUUGCCAUGGUUAGUUUCUUGGUGUUCCAGAGAAACCAGCUUCUUAAGGGAAAUGACAGAUAUGAGAAUUAUUCUUGAAACAAAAAGAUUUUGUUUUUUCCAUAUCAUCAAUCAUCGAUUCGUUUUAAUUUGGUGGGUUUUGAGGCUUUAAAUUCUUUAGUGGCUGCAUUAUAAAUUUGGGGUUGGGACUGAGAUUAGCAAGUGCAUCAGAUUUUGGAAAGAGAAAAAGCAUUGGUGGCUUGAAUUCAAAGAUAUGAAUCUGAGGAAUGAUAUUUGGGAAGAUUUUAAAAAAAUGGAAAAAAUUUGUGCAUUGAUGAUUCUCUCAUUGGCGGCCCCUAGGUGUUACUCUGUAUAGUGGUAAUGUUAGUUUGAUGGGGCUUCCUUUUUUUUUUUUAUGUUUUAAAGUUUCACUCCUUUUUACUAUGUAGUUUCUUUUUUUUUUUUUUUUAAAUAUUUUCUCUAACAUGCUCAAUGUACAAUAGUGUUAGGAACCUUUGAAGGAUUAACAAUGACAAAGCUUUGAUAUUCUUUGUUUCUCUCA